AUGUCGGUCGCAGGAGAUCGUCGCGAGAUUGUUGUUAUUGGUGGUGGCAUCAUUGGAUGUUGCUCCGCAUACUAUCUUACCAGACACCCCUCUUUUGACCCAUCUCGCCAUAAGAUCACACUUCUCGAAGCCUCUGAAAUUGCAGGCGGGGCAUCAGGCAAGGCGGGCGGACUUCUUGCGCAAUGGGCUUAUCCGAGCAAUAUCGUGGAUUUGAGCUUUGCACUACAUGCGGAACUUGCCAAAGAACACGAUGGGAAGAACCGUUGGGGAUACAGAGAGACGAAUUGUGGUCAGGUCGUUGUCAAAGGUCGUGCCAUGACUGAAAAGACCGAGAAGAAAGAGGGUGGAGAAUCGCUGCAGAAGCGCAGCACAGCUGCGACUUCGAAGCUGAAGUCUGCUAAGAUCCCACAGGAUCUGGAUUGGAUUCAGCCUGACCUUAUGCGAGCCUACGAGAGCAUGAGCGGGCCCGGAGAAACCGCCCAAGUCCACCCUUAUCUUUUCACUUCGUCGAUGGCCCAGCUGGCUCAAGAAAAGGGCGCCGAGAUCAUUCUCGGUCAUGUCACAGGUAUUUCUCGUCCUAAUGGCCGGGUUGAGUCCGUUACAUACACCGACAAAGAAUCUGGAGAAUCGCGCACGAUUCCGACUACCGAUGUGAUCGUUGCCGCUGGUCCUUGGACGCAGGCUGUCCUUCCUGAGGCUCCCAUUUCAGGAAUGCGUGCACACAGCGUCGUCAUCAAACCAACUAGGCCAGUCAGCGCUUAUGCUCUGUUCACGAACAUCGAGAUUCCGGCCAAUUUCGACCCGGCGAAGAAGUCACGGCCAACUGUGGCCGCGCCGGAGAUCUAUGCUCGGCCAGAUGACACUAUAUAUGCAUGUGGUGAAGGAGACAAAGAAGUCCCGCUGCCCAAGACAUCUGCUGAAGUUGAGGUGGAUCCUGAGCGCAUCCAGGAUAUCAUUGAUCAGGUGGGCAGUGUCUCGGAUGAACUGCGUGAUGGCCAAAUUACCGCCCGUCAGGCCUGCUACCUUCCCAACUGCACUGGACCCGGAGGACCCCUCAUCGGUCUGACUCACGAUAAAGGGCUCUAUCUCGCUUCUGGCCACACCUGCUGGGGCAUUCAAAACGGUCCGGGAACCGGAAAGGUCAUGAGCGAGUUCGUAUUUGAUGGCCAGGCAAAGAGUGCGAAGAUAGGAUCCCUCGAUCCCCGUAACCAGCUCAUGAUGCAUCAGCUCAGGAUCUCCGUUCUUAUCACAUCGCUGCUCUAUGCGAUUGGGGUCAUUGCAAGCCAAGAUCCCAACGAUGUAUCCAUCUUGAUCAAAGAGGCCGCGCGCGCCAACAACGAGUCGCUGCUAUGGGGUCCCUACAAGCCCAAUCUCUACUUCGGUGUUCGUCCUCGUAUCGCCAACAGCUUGGCUGCUGGCUUGAUGUGGGGCAAGGUCGAUGAUUAUGCGACCGCGCAGCAGAACUUUAGGCACACCUGCGAACAGAAUGAAGGUAUGGCCGGGUAUGGCUGGGACGAAUACGAUGUUCGAAAGGGUGGAAGGCAGACUAUCCACGAUGCCGGAAACACACUUGACCUUACGAUUGAUUUCGUCAAGGUGCCUGGCGGCCAGCAUGGUGGAAGCUGGGGAUUCCGUGUGAAGGGUACCCCUCGUGAAGAUGGUACCCCUGACCAGCCGAUCUCGAUGGUCUUCUAUACAACUCUCGAGGGAUUGGGCCAGUUGGGUGUUGACCCUAACACCGUGUCCGAAGACUCGCCCCUCGAAGGAGAUGUCAGAUUCACAGGCUACACAUCUGAGCUCGGGGAUUUCUCCAUUGAUGUCACCGACGGCCCGGACAGCAACGAGUACUACACGCACGAUCACCACAGUCAUGAUGACAAGCCACUGGGUCACGGUAUCGUGUCUAGUGGCAUGAUGCCACAGGAGCAGCUUUGGCAGGCAAAGGGCAUUUUGUUCUCCCAGAUGAAGACUGAGGUUGAGGAAAUCAUUAAGGAAGUCGGUACUGAGAACCCGCCGCCCCCUGCACAGCUGUUCACACUUAAGCAUGCUCCCGGCGGUGGCAAUGUUCACCUUGUUCAGAAAGUCUUUACAGGUGCUUUUGAAUUCGAUGUCCUGUUUUCCUCUGGCUCGGCACCCGAGCUGGUGACGUCGGAGAAACUGACCAAGCAGCUGGAGGCCUCGACACUCUCUUUCUCUGAGCGUUUCAACCAGGUUCUAGCGCCCCAGGCUCCGUUUGAUUCCGCCAAGUACCUGAAGUUCUCGAAGGCCAUGCUAUCUAACCUCAUUGGUGGCAUUGGUUACUUCCAUGGUGACGAUGUUAUUGACCGGUCCGCCCAUCCUGCAUAUGAAGAGGAUAACGAAGGGUUCUGGGAAGAAACGGCCGAGGCUCGCGCUGCGGCGAAGCCCGUUAUUGGGUCUCCUAAAGAUCUUUUCACCUGUGUUCCUUCGCGCCCAUUCUUCCCCCGAGGUUUCCUCUGGGAUGAGGGGUUCCACCUGAUGCCCGUCAUGGAGUAUGACUCUGAUCUUGCUCUCGAAAUUAUUAAGAGCUGGUUCCACUUGAUGGACGAAGAUGGCUGGAUCGCUCGUGAGCAAAUCCUCGGAAUGGAAGCUCGCAGCAAGGUCCCUCCCGAGUUCACCGUCCAGUACCCGCACUACGCCAACCCGCCUACCUUGUUCAUGGCAUUGGAAGCCUUCAUGGACAAGGCUAAGAGCAACAAGAGUACUCAAUUCGAAUCCCUCGACAGCCAAGAUGUGGCCGAGAGUCUUCGCUCUGCUACCCUGCGUAAUCCUGAACUCUCCGACGCCUAUCUCCGUUCAUUCUACCCGCUCAUGAAAAGACACUACUUCUGGUACCGCAACACCCAGCGUGGAGAUAUCAAGUCCUACGACCGCGAAGCAUUUUCUACCAAGGAAGGCUACCGCUGGCGUGGUCGCUCUGUCCAGCACAUUCUGACUUCCGGUAUUGACGACUACCCUCGAGCCCAGCCUCCGCACCCCGGUGAACUGCAUGUCGAUCUCAUUAGCUGGAUGGGUAUGAUGAGCCGCACCAUGCGUCGUAUUGCGCAGUACCUAGGUGAGGAAGAGGACAUGGAGGAGUUCGCAUACUAUGAGACUGCCAUUACUCGCAACAUCGAUGAUCUCCACUGGAGCGAGAAAGAGCAAACUUUCUGCGACGCUACCAUUGAUGCGUUCGAGGAAAGCGUGCAUGUUUGCCACAAGGGCUACAUCUCCCUCUUCCCCUUCCUGACCGGCAUGCUUGGACCCGAUAGCCCCCAUCUCAAGCCCGUUCUGGAUUUGAUCAAUGACCCUGAGGAGCUGUGGUCUGACUACGGUAUCCGUAGCUUGAGCAAGAAGGAUGAAUUCUACGGUACCGAUGAGAACUACUGGCGUAGCCCCGUUUGGAUGAAUAUCAACUACUUGGUGCUGAAGAAUCUUUAUGACAUUGCCGUCGUUCCCGGUUCUCACCAGGAGCAAGCUCGUGAAAUGUACUCCAAGCUUCGUAAGAACUUGGUCGAGAAUGUCUACAGGGAAUGGAAGAAGACUGGCUUCGCUUGGGAGCAGUACAACCCUGAUACCGGCAACGGACAGCGCACGCAGCACUUUACCGGCUGGACCAGUAUGGUGGUGAACAUGAUGUCGAUGCCCGAUCUUGCUGAGGGUGCUAGCACCGGUCAUGACGAGCUAUAG